UCCUCGGGCUCGUCCCCCAUUUACCGCUGGCCUCCUGCCCACCUUCCCCUCGUUCCUGUAACUCUGUGACCCCUUCACACUUUGUCUCCUACUCACCCGGGCCCGGCUGGUGCCACCAGCCCAACCCUCUCAGAUAUUUGUCCCUUUUCUCCGUCUCUCUUCAGACCCCUCACUCAUAUUCUCAGAACCAGCUCACAGAAUCCUCUUUGUACUCUUUUUAAACUGUAAUUCCUGCCUGAGGAGUGCGCCUACGAAGCACGCCGUAUGUUUUUCUCAAGGGACCUGAGCCAGUUUACCUGGCAAGACUGUCCCUCUUGGUCUCCCAGCGCGCGGCUCACUUCAUCCCCACCCCUCCUUUCCCAGAGGCGGAGAGGUGUCAGAGGAAGACAGGCCAGUCCCUGGGAGUGUUCCUGUCAGCAUCAGGGCCCAGGGGCCUGAAGAUUGUGCCAUUUGCUUCAGAACUUCUCUCCCCAACUUGGCUGGUCUCACCAUCUCAAAACCUUGUUAUGCACUGGGGUCUAGGGUUGUGGAUAUCUCUUGGCUGGGCUUCAUGGAGAAAUCUUCCCUGAUCACCAACCUGAAUCCCAGAACAGCCCCCAUCUUUCAGUGGACAGAAUGAGAGCGUUCUGUAACCCGGCAUAACUGGCCAUCAUGGGGAAAUUGAUCAGGGUGGGAAUGCAGGAAAGGCAGUUACUGUGGCCAAAACGGCUUCAAUGGAGCCGCUUCCUCUUCCUACUGGGAAUGUUGAUCAUUGGUUCCACCUACCAGCACCUGAGGAGCCCCUGGGGCCUCCCCUCACUGUGGGCAGCAGUCCCUUCCCAACACCCUGUAAAACUGGCCAGCCGGGACCUUCCCAACAAUGAGAUGAUGAUGGUGAGCAGUGACCCUCCAAGAGCAGGUUCUGAAAUGGAGGGUGAAACACUGGCACUCCAAGCCACAGUGGGCAAGGAGGAAGCAACACCUGACAUAACAAUGGAGAACACCCCCAAUACACCCAGAAUAGCCAACAUCUCUCCAACGGUACCCAAGAAUAACUACAGCCCAAUAGCAGCAGGCACAGAAAGAGUGAAGGAAAACACUCCAACCAUACCAAGUGGAGUACUGAAUCACUACACCCCAACUUCAAGCACAUCAACAGUAAAGAAUUAUACCCCAACAACACCCGGGGGAGAAAUGAAGCACUACCACCCAACUCAAGCCAGGGGAAAGGUAAAAAAAUACACCCCAUCCCCACAUGGUAGAAUAGUAAUCUCUGCCCCAUCCACAUUCAUGACAAUGACAAGAAGCAAUGGGAUCACCCCCGGAACAACAGUGAAAGACAGUGAAACUAUGGCAACUUACAAAAUGCUGGAGAGCAGCCCCUCCAAGGGAAUAGUGGAGGAAACCACCCCGACUACUCUCAAGGGAGUAACUGAUAAUACUCCAACUUUCCUGAUAAAUUACAUAGAAACAGACAUCUUGACUUCUCCUAGGAGUACAUUGGAAAAGAACACCCUGACUAUCCCCAGAAGAGUGGACAGCUCAACCAACCCUCGGAGGUUAGUGCUAAAGAACAACCUGAUGACCCAGGGAACAGUCUUAGAGCACACUGCAUCCAUCUCUGAGGGGCAAGCGAUGACUAGCACCAUGACAGGAAGCAGCCUAACAGAAACCAAAGUCUCUACUGCUGCUGGGAGGGUUAGGAAUCCCUCAUCCAGAACCAGUGUACCAACCAUUGGAAUGUCCUUAGCCACCUUCUGGGGGCUGGCGAAGAAACCUUCCACAGCACCAAGCACCUCAGCAACUCCCAGCGUUAGGGCAAAUCUGACUACUCAGGUUCGUCACUAUGUAGUUGUGGAGUCAGCUCCAGCCAUUCCCACUAUCCCCUCCCCCAGUGUGACAACAGCCCUGCUCCCAGAGGCACCCAGCCCCAGUCCCUCAGCACUGCCCCCCAGCCAGCCAGACCUCCACCCCAAAGCAGAUUAUCCCCCAGACCUGUUCAGCGUGGAGGAGCGGAGGCAUGGCUGGGUGGUCCUGCACAUCUUUGGCAUGAUGUAUGUGUUUGUGGCCUUGGCCAUCGUGUGUGACGAGUACUUUGUCCCAGCCCUGGGCGUCAUCACAGACAAGCUGCAGAUCUCUGAGGAUGUGGCAGGUGCCACAUUCAUGGCUGCUGGAGGCUCUGCUCCUGAGCUCUUCACCUCCCUCAUCGGCGUCUUCAUCUCCCACAGCAAUGUGGGCAUUGGCACCAUCGUGGGCUCUGCUGUGUUCAACAUCCUCUUUGUCAUCGGCACCUGUGCCCUCUUCUCCCGGGAGAUCCUCCACCUCACCUGGUGGCCCUUGUUCCGUGACGUCUCCUUCUACAUCCUUGACCUGAUGAUGCUCAUUCUCUUCUUCCUGGACAGCCUCAUUGUCUGGUGGGAGAGCCUACUGCUGCUGCUGGCCUAUGCCUCCUAUGUGUUCACCAUGAAGUGGAACAAGAAGCUCGAGCUCUGGGUGAAAGAGCAGCUCAGCAGGAGGCCAGGGGCCAAGGUCAUGGCCCUAGGGGACUUUAGCAAGCCAGGUGAUGGGGCGGUUGCGGUGGAUGAGCCACAGGAUAUCAAGAAGCUGAAGCUCCCGUCCGUGCUGACCCGAGGGAGCAGCUCAGCCUCUCUGCACAACAGCACCAUCCGCAGCACCAUGUACUGGCUCAUGCUCCACAGCCUGGACCCUCUGAGGGAAGCCAGUUCCUCCAAGAACAAGGACAAAGAGAGCUUGAAUCAGGAGGCUAAAGCCAAGCCUCAGGCCAAAGCAGAGAGCAAAUCAGAAGAGGAGGAGCCAGCCAAGCUCCCUGCGGUCAUGGUCACACCAGCCCCUGCUCCAGACGUCAAGGGAGAUCAGGAGGAGGAUCCUGGCUGUCAGGAAGGAUACGCGGCUGGAGCCGAGGGCACAGGUGAAAUGACAGGCGAAGCUCCCGGUGAAGGCGACGAUGGACAGCAGAGUGGAGGUGAAACUUGGCUAGAAGGUGAAGGUGAACUCCAAGCAGAAGGGAAAGGAGACAAUGAAGGUGACGGUGAAGCCCACGCGGAAAUGAAAGGAAACGAUGAAGGCAAAGGUGAACUCCAGACAGGGGAAGGUGGCGAAGUGGAAGGUGACGAAGGUGAAACCAAAGAGCAGGGAUUCAGUGCUGGAGAUCAAGGUGACGCCAAAAGUGAUGAGAAAGGUGCAGAUGGUGAAGGGGGAGGUGAUGGAGGUGACAGUGGAGAUGAGGAAGAGGACGAGGAGGAGGAGGAGGAGGAGGAGGAGGAAGAGGAAGGAAAUGAGGAGCCUUUGUCCCUGGAGUGGCCCGAGACCCGGCAGAAGCAGACCGUUUACCUCUUCCUCCUGCCCAUCCUGCUCCCGCUGUGGCUGACGGUGCCCGACGUCCGGAGGCUGGAGUCUAGGAGGUUUUUUGUUGUCACCUUCCUGGGGUCCAUCAUGUGGAUCGCCAUGUUCUCAUACCUCAUGGUGUGGUGGGCUCACCAGGUUGGUGAAACAAUAGGGAUCUCUGAAGAGAUUAUGGGUUUGACGAUCCUAGCAGCAGGCACAUCAAUUCCUGACCUCAUCACGAGUGUGAUUGUUGCUCGGAAAGGCCUGGGAGACAUGGCCGUGUCAAGCUCUGUGGGCAGUAACAUAUUUGAUAUCACCGUGGGCCUGCCUGUCCCCUGGUUGCUUUUCUCUCUUAUCAAUGGACUGCAGCCUGUUCCAGUCAGCAGCAAUGGCUUGUUUUGUGCAAUUGUUCUGCUUUUUCUCAUGCUCCUGUUUGUGAUCUCUUCAAUUGCUUCAUGCAAAUGGAGAAUGAACAAGAUCCUGGGCUUCACAAUGUUUCUCCUUUACUUUGUAUUCCUGAUAAUCAGUGUGAUGUUAGAAGAUCGUAUCAUAUUCUGUCCUGUAUCUAUCUGAGUCAGUCACUGUUGCCCAAAAUGGACAUGGAUCAGAAAACCAUGUUGGAAGUUAUUGUACCUCUUGCUACAUUAAUGAAUGAGCAUGAUCCAGGAGAGUGAACUGAGAGGCUGAGAGCCUCUGAUGUGAAUGUGAUACAGGAGUGAAGGUUAUCGCUGGAAACACCUGCAGCUCACUGUGGAUUAAGAAUCUCACCUUUGGCUGGGUGGAGUUCCUACCCGACUGAUACAGACAGCUGUCACAUGGAGACCAGUAGAAGGAACCCUGGAGUCAGAGGGAUUUUUAACAUGAGAUAAUUGGAGUGAGGGUUGGGGCAGGCACAAUAAAGACAAGCUCCCAUGCUCACAAUUCCUUGAUCAUUCAAGGGCUGCUGGUCCAAGAAAUGCAGAUGUGGUCUGUGUCUGACCCUCCUGGCUCCUACCCCAAGCAUAUGCUGCAAUUUGCUGUCUCCUCUUUUUCUGUUCAAGACAUGAGGUUCUAUCAGGUUUGUAAUCAUUACUGGUUCAGUUACUGGUGAGUUUAAGGAGCUAAGGCUAUAGGAAAAAAUUAAGUAUAAUAGGAAUCAAUUAUCAUUAGUAAAAGGUGUACCAGUAUUUUAUAGCUUAAAAGGGUUACAUUAGCUCUUAUUGCAUUUCUGAAAGAGUGAAAUUAAAAUAAGUAACCCAAGAAAUUAAAAUUUGUAAUUUGUCCUUGAAGUGGAAGGCAUGGAUAUUAGGGAAGGAAAACUACUCUGAAGGCUAUUUAAAAAUAUGUACUUAUUAGAAAAUCCAAGUUAGUGUUGUCUCCAUCAAGUGGUUACCUUGAAGGAUUAGACCUUUAACACAGCUGUACCGGCUCCGCCCCUCCAGCAUAUUCUCACCCAACAGUGACAGCUGCUCCUAGUGAGUGAGAAGGUAGAGUUCAAAGUCAGUAGAGCCAAGCCAGGUUUAUAAAGAAAGAGAUCCAGUGGGGCAAUGCCACUUUUGUAUGUUAACCUAGAUAGGAUUAUAAAGCAAGAAGAUUGAUGUCUUGUGUGGUUUACAAAUGGAUGUUAAGGCAAUUACAAAGGAGAAACCCCAGAAAUGCUUAGCACAAUGGCAACACGGUGAGAAAAAAAGUAUUUCCACUUCCAAGGUAGCUAGUGUAAAAGACACUUGUUUUUAAAAAUUGUGUGGUUAUUUAAACAUUUCAUGUGGAAUUUGAAGUGCUUUAUAUUAAACACCACUGCUUACCUUUUACUAGCAUCAAGUUAAGGGACACAUUAGAAAUGAAACAGUUCUAUGUCCCUGGCUUCAGAGCAAAGGGAACUGAGGUGACUAUGGAUUAUGAUAGUAAAUACAGCUUUAUUUACAAACAUGAGGAUUCACUGAAGACUAGAAGACAGCAGGACAGAUGUGAUAAGAAAAAAAAUUAAACAUUUUGGUGCUGAA